CGUUCGGGCGCUCCGCAGUGGUUUGAUUCGUGACUCGCGCAGAGCGGGGGCCCAGCGGCUGUGCCGAGAGUCUGUCUGACGGCCCCACUUGUUUUCUUACAGCGCGCUCAAAAUACCACUCCAUGUGAGGUCACGGCUGGGGGCUGAAAGUCCCAUCAUCCUUCGAGGAAUAUUUAUUAAUGAAUCUCAAGCCCACAAUGGACCCCAAACGCAAUCCAAGGCAACUGAGGCCCCUAAGCCCCUCGGCUUCGGCUUGGUAAUGACCAUGGCAUCUCAGACAUCCCCCAACGAUUUCAUCAACAUUACCAGACCUCAAUCACAAGCCCUAAGCAUGAACGGCGAAGCUUUCGCUGCGGCGCCGCGGCAGAGGCUGCCUGUCAAAAAGCAAGCACCCCAGAAGAGCAUCGACGAGUUCUGGGAUAAGUUCACAACAAAGCAUCCCGGGAAGAUCUUCACGAUACUACCCGAUAACCUAUACGCGAAACGCGCCGCUGCGCAUGCGCCAAGGGGAUCUAUCCCCGGCAAGAGUGCUCUUGCAUCUUACGAAGAAGCUGUCCAGGCGUGCAAGGCAAAGGUAGCUAAGAUUGUCAAGGAAUGUAGGAGGCUGAACCAGAAGUAUCGCGAUCCACAUUUCGACAUCGAAGCCGACUUCAAGCGGUCGCAGGCCUCUCCAGAGAUACCACCCGACUGCUUGACGACUCUUGACAAGGAGAUAUCUGAGUUUCAACCCAUGUCAGUCAAGAGAGUAGAGGACAUUUUCGAAAAGCCUCAAUUCUUCAUAGAGGGCGCGACCGCGAACGACGUGCGACAAGGCAAUGAUGGCGAUUGCUGGUUUAUGUCAGCUUUGGCGACCAUCAGCAAUAAAGAGGGACUGAUACAGCGAGUAUGUAUUGCUCGUGACGAGCAGGUUGGAGUUUAUGGAUUUGUUUUCCACCGAGAUGGCGAAUGGAUCUCGGAGGUCAUCGAUGACAAGCUAUACCUCAUCAAGGAGGACUUUGAUGAGGCCAAGAUCGAGCGCUAUCAUUGGUUGGAGCUACAGAACCGCAAGAUGCCUGAAGAAGAAUACCGUACAGUCAUGCAAACUGGCUCGAGGGCUCUAUACUUCGCGCAAUGUAGCGACUCCAAUGAGACUUGGCUGCCGCUACUCGAAAAAGCCUUCGCGAAAGCGCACGGUGACUACUCGGCAAUCGAAGGUGGAUUUGUGGGCGAAGGGAUCGAAGAUCUGACUGGCGGAGUAACCUCGGAGGUAUUUGCAACUGACAUUCUGGACAAGGACAAAUUUUGGCGAGAAGAACUCAUGAAAGUCAACAAGACAUUUCUCUUCGGCUGUGGCCAGAUGGGCGGCAUAUAUGGAGAGCGAAAAGGCAUUCAGGAGAAACAUGCAUACUCGAUUAUGGAAGCCCGGGAGAUUGACGGUCAACGCCUACUCAAGCUGCGCAACCCGUGGGGCCGGUCCGAGUGGACGGGCCGCUGGAGCGAUGGGUCCGAAGAGUGGACACCCGAAUGGAUGCAGAAGCUUGACCACAAGUUCGGUGACGACGGGGUGUUCUGGAUUUCUUACCGGGACCUGCUUCGGAAUUACCAACAUUUUGAUCGUACCAGACUCUUUGGACCGGAAUGGACGGUGUCUCAACAGUGGACCAGCGUCAACGUCCCGUGGAGCGUGGACUAUCUCGACACCAAAUUCAAAAUCCAGCUGGACAAACCCGGUCCAGUUGUCAUUGUGCUCAGUCAGUUGGAUGACCGCUAUUACCAAGGGCUGGAAGGACAGUACGAGUUUCAUUUGCAGUUCCGCCUUCACAAGGACGACGAAGACGAGUACAUUGUGCGUAGCAAUGGUACCUAUUACAUGAAACGAUCGGUGUCUACCGAGCUGGAUCUGGAGGCUGGAAGCUACACAGUACUUCUCAAGAUCAAAGCUACAAGAUCUGAAGGCCAGACUCCCGACGAGGUCAUCAGGGCGACUUGCACCAAGCGACGUGAGAAGCUAUUAGCGACCGGCUUGUCUUAUGAUUUAGCUCAUGCCAAGGGUCAAUUUCGAGAACAUGAAAAGGAAAAGGCCCACCGACGGCGCGAACAGAAGAGCGAAAGGAACAAAGCCGAGGCAAAGCGAGUGUACGAGCGCGAAAAGAAAUUGCGCAAGAAGCAGAAGCUUCGCGAACAGAAGAAAGCGGCUAAGGAGACGCGAAGAAUGAACCCCUCUGGCGAGAUGAGAGAGGUCGAGAAAAGGCUGCAGGACCUAAGUGGUUUGGGCAUUGCCGUCGAAGAAGAAAACCAUACAGCCAGUGAGGAAGAGCCGAAGCCCAAUCAUCCUGCCGUCACGCGGCACCAACGUGCUGCAAGCGCCAGUGUCGUCGGUGAACGUUCUUCGAGCCCAAGUGGCUUCCAUGGCCGCGGUGGAUACAAUCGCGGUCGUGAUGGCUAUAAUGCAGCCCUCCCGGGAGCACUUCAGGGUCGUGGGGGCUACAAUCGUAACGAACAGCACAGUUCAGCUGCUGUAGAAGGUCUUGCUCUCCAAGGUCGUGGUGGUUAUAACGCUGCAAACUCAGGAUUCCAAGGCCGCGGAGGCUACAAUCAAAACAUGCCUGGAGAAUUCCAGGGCCGGGGUGGCUAUAACUCUGAGCUUCCCGGCUCCUAUCAGGGCCGUGACGGAUAUAACGGUCGUGAUGGGUACAACGGCCGCGACGGGUACAAUGGUCGUGACGGGUACAAUGGUAGAGGCGGAUACAACGAGGGCCAAACUACAGACUCACCGAUACCAACGCCUCUGCCUACCCCCCACACAGAAGAAUUCCGCCCUGGCACACCGGCUGAACUUCCUAACAGUCCCCAACCUGACAGGAGAACCAGGAUCUCUCCAGCACCUUCGCGCCGUGCUACUAUUUCGCCUAUUCCUGUUGUCAGACCCGCCAUUCACAUCACUCGCGGUCGUGGAACAAGUGUAAGCUCGCUGCGAGCCCGACACGGCACAUACUCUCCUAAUGAGAUCUCUGACGACUCGUCUUGGGACUCUGAUCUUGCGGACUCGAUCGAUUCUGAUGCUUCAGAUAACGAAUUGAGCUCGCCGCGUCACAUUUCGCAUGACCAGAUUCGCCGAGUUGACCAAUAUGGGCGAACAUAUUACAUCGUUGAGGACGAGGAUGAGUUUGAACGCGACCCUUGGAACGCAGUCUGUGUCAUUGGUCUUCGUGUCUUCUCUAGAAACGCAGGCGUUUCCAUUGAGGCGCAACACAGUGAGCCAGACAGAAAGCGUGAAGGAGAUGCUGAAAGCGUCGCGAGCGUCAGCACUAUCCGCAGGCGCCACACAGAACUUGACGUGGAUGAUAGCGCGGCUGACGCGACCUCGCCAAUGCGUACCAAGAUUAACGUCGACGAGGCCCUCAGCAGUGCAGAGAGGAGGACUGCUGAGGCUAAUUUGGUCAGCCAGGUCGGAACUGCGCCUGCCGGUAAUGAGUUGAAUCGCCAGGGCACACUUUCCUAAGAUAUUUCGCAAAGUUUCUCGGAAUAUUUCUUUCAUAGGGCGGGCACUCGUUUUGUUUCACUGGUUCUAUAGGUUUUGGGCGCGUAUGGCGUUGUAGACGAUGUAUCUGUCUUUACAUUCGUAGCAUUCCUCUAAAUAACGAUCGAUUUUUCACUACAAAGGAAGUUUGCCAAACCUUUGAGCGCCCGUGUUGUUCCUGCGCUGAGAACCGGGCGUGUCCACCUCGCUUGAAUCACAACUCAUCCG